CCGCUUCUCUUUCAUUCACACGCAAAGAAAAAACAUGGCGGAGAGGAGCUGUGGAGGUUUCAUCGGCUGAGGAGCUGCGGGUAGUUUAUCCACUGGAGAAGGACACACAGUCACCGAGGAGGGAGGACACUGUCUGUGGGAGCGGGGUCCAGGUUAACCUCUACCCGGGUCAACUAUUUUAUUUGUUCCGCUCAAAAAAAAAGAAGAAAAAAAAGAAAAAAAAUAGAGGAAAAAAAGAAAAUGAGACGAGCGACGAGACACGAAAACAACUCGGACGUGAACGGGGACAUCAUGUGCAGCCCCUCGCUGACCGUCUUAAGCUGCACCAAGUCCAUAUCAGCUGUUCACGAUGAAAACGCGACCAUCCGGCUGACGCAGGACGGGCGACGCUCUCCGGUGUGUUCGCUGCAGAGCGACGCUCAGAGGCAGGAGGAGGACGGUUCAGCCUGCUGGCCAGACGAACAGCUCCACUGUCCUCCCACUCCCACUCCCACUCCCGCCUGCCUCCGCCCUCCUCCCCCCGACGCCCCCAUGCCCCUCAGCAACAACGUGACCCACGCUCCGCUCCACGCCAACAACAGCGGCGCCCUCCACGGCCUCCACGGCCUCCAGCGGAGAGGAGUCCGGAGCAGGAAGUCCACGCGGGGAACUUCAGGCAGAAAAAACUCCCAAAACCGAAAAGUUACAGAUUUCUACCCAAUAAGACGAAGCUCGAGAAAAAGCAAAACAGAGCUGAAGUGUGAACAAAAGAAGCUUUUAGACGACCUCAUCUUAAACGGGAUAGAGGAGGGGAUGGAGGUGCAGAACAUAGAAGGGAAGGGGAGGGCGGUGUUCGCCACGCGGCCUUUCCAGAAGGGCGACUACGUGGUGGAGUAUCACGGAGACCUGCUGCAGAUCACCGACGCCAAGAAGAGGGAGGCCGAAUACGCGCAGAACCCGGCCACCGGCUGCUACAUGUACUACUUCCAGUAUCUGUGCAAGACGUACUGCGUGGACGCCACUAAAGAGACGCACCGUAAAGGCCGCCUGAUCAACCACAGCAAAACGGGGAACUGUCAGACGAAGCUCCACGACAUCAACGGCGUCCCCCACCUCAUCCUCGUCGCCUCGCGGGACAUCGAGAAGGGGGAGGAGCUGCUGUACGACUACGGGGACCGGAGCAAAGCCUCCAUCGCUGCUCACCCGUGGCUCAAAUACUGACCCCCGGUGGCCGGGAGGGAUAACGGGAGACGACGUUCAGUAACACUUUCUCAUUAGCUCGUGUACAAAAAAAAGAAAAACUGAACUGCCUUAGAAACAGAAUGAGGGAGGGAAGGGGGUCGAUCGAGGUCCAUCUGCGUCGUCGCCAGGUGACGCCCGUACUUUUUAUUUAUAUGUGUUUUUUUCUGAAACAUUCUGGUUGUUUUGCAGCACAUUUGUUUUGUACAUUUUUGUAUGAGGACAAUAGACCAAGGCUUUGUACGUCAUGCAGGAGGGAGCGGCGCUCUGCAUUUUUAUACGCCUUUUUUUAAUUAGUAGGUAGAUACUUAGCAAUACUUCUAUUUAUGCCCCCCCUCCCUCCCUCCCGUCCUCUCAGCCCCCCCCACUCUCCCCCAACAACAACAACUAUGAGAUGCAAAACCCCCUUUUUUUUAAAAAAAAUCUAAACCUUUUCUGUUGUUUCAGCCGCACACACACACACGGACCCGUCGCUGUUUAGUUUAUCACAUCUUAGCUUGUGUUGAACUGACUCAUAAGUUUAGUUUUAGUUUAUUUUUUUAGCUCAUAUUGUAUUUUUUAACAUUAAAAACUCAUCAUGUUUUUGUUUUUUUGUGAUUCUGCAGAAAACACAUGAAGCUUUUGUUGCGUUUUCUCGUCCACUAAAACCUUCAGUUAGUUUCACUCUGUAAAUAUAUUUAUUUAACGCUGUUGCACAGGUGGUUUAAAUGACUCGUUUUUAGGGGGAAAUAAUGUUUUUUCACUUCUUUUUUCUUUUUUUUUGGACGCUUCACUCGUGUCUCUAUGCAAAAAUAUCAACUUUAAAUUUAGGACGUAUUAAUAAAAGCCAGUGUUACAUUCGACUCACGUUCUUUGGCUGAAACACACGGGGAAGAAGCAGAAAACAGGAUUCACAAGAUUAGAUUCAUUCAGUGAAAAUGUUUUAAUAAGACAAAAGGAUAAAAUUAAGACAAAUUGAGGAUAAAUUAAAAAAAAAAAAGCAAAGAGAACAUUUUAAAUUCUUAUAAAUAAGAGCUGAAACUGAAGGUUUAAAGUUUGUAUCUUAAAACCGCUGCUUCUUCUCCUAAACUUCAUUUCUGACACGUGUUUUUGUUUUUUUUUCCCGAUGUGUGUGUUCAUGAAAUGCUCUGAUCACAUCCUACAGUGUUUUUUUAUUUUUAUUUUAUUUUUAUUAAUAAUAAUUAGAUUUGUCCUCUUGUGAUUUCAGUUCUCACACGCGUCUAAACUCAAACCUUUAAUGUUGUUUACAGUGUUUUUCUAUCAAACUGCUGGAAGUCUUAACACCAGUUAACUAAUAAAUUAGCUUUUAAAAAGGUUAAGGCUGCUGGAACUUUAUAUUUUCUUUUACUGUCGACAAACAAAAGGCCCAACAAUGAGUUUUUAAUUUCCCUCAAACUGCUGCUUUAUUGUAGUUUCUUCAGCAAAUGCUGCAACAAGCAGGAGGCGCAGGGACUAUUUUCUGUGGCGGAUUGAUUCACAUCUGGUGCUGUAGUGCGCGUUUAGGGGAAAUGUUUUUUUUUUUUGGUCUUUUCAUCGAGUUUUAUUGAAUAAAAGUGACCAAAAACUAUCUUUAAAAUACAUUUCCCACCAUCAGUAGCAGGUUUCUAGCAGAACGUCUCAUUUUAAUUUGUUGUUUUACGCAAUUUUCUCUUAUUUCCUGUUAAAUUUAUUUAAAGUUUAUUUUCCAUUACAAUGAUAUUAUUAUUAUUAUGUUUUUUUUACAUAUCUAAGUAGUAGUUUGACAGUUUUGUUUCUCUUUCUCGCAAUUCGUUGCAUAAGACAGGAAACUGUUAGCCUAGCUUAGCAUAAAACAUAAAGACCAACCAUAUAAAAUCACUUGAAGUCUCCUCCUCCUCCUCCUUCUCCUCCUCAUCCUCCUCCUCCUUCUCCUCCUCAUCCUCCUCCGGUAGCAGCAGGUGUAACAUGUGUGAAAUGUUUUCAUAUGAACCUUUUCUUAAUGGUUACGUUACACUUUUUGUUUUGUUUUAAAUGUGGAAUUAAUGCAAUAAAUACCUGAGGGGUGAAAUAAUAAUAACAACCUCAGCACUCGGGCCGUUUCACGACGUGUUUGACCUCUUCCUGUUGCAACAUAAAUAAAGAUGAAAUACACAAAGU